AUGACUUCUGCAGCUGAUCCUAAGACGUCUUUUGAGCUUAUCACAAAAAACCUACAGGAAGUUUUGAAUCCCCAGAUUAUCAAAGAUGUGUUGGAAGUCGAAAAGAGACCAUUGAAAAUUUACUGGGGUACAGCGCCAACUGGUAAGCCUCACUGUGGCUAUUUCGUUCCAAUGACGAAAUUGGCUCAUUUUCUAAAAGCAGGCUGUGAAGUUACAGUAUUAUUAGCUGAUCUGCAUGCUUUCUUGGAUAACAUGAAAGCGCCUCUCGAGGUUGUUCAACACAGGGCUAAAUAUUAUGAAUGUGCCAUCAAAGCUAUUUUGAGAAGCAUAAAUGUUCCAAUUGAGAAGUUGAGAUUUAUUGUUGGCUCAUCUUAUCAGCUAACGCCUGAAUAUACAAUGGAUGUGUACAGAUUAUCUAACAUUGUGUCUCAAAAUGAUGCCAAAAGAGCGGGUGCAGAUGUUGUUAAACAAGUUGCCAAUCCACUUUUGAGUGGGCUGAUCUAUCCACUGAUGCAAGCGCUGGAUGAACAGUAUCUGGAAUGUGAUGCACAAUUUGGUGGCGUCGAUCAAAGAAAGAUUUUUGUUCUUGCAGAGGAAAAUUUAAAAAGUCUUGGAUAUAACAAGAGAGCUCAUUUAAUGAAUCCAAUGGUUCCUGGCCUUGGUCAAGGUGGCAAAAUGUCUGCUUCUGAUCCAAAUUCAAAAAUUGACCUAUUAGAAGAACCAAAACAAGUUGAUAAGAAGAUCAAAAGUGCAUACUGCAGUCCUGGUAUUAUUGAGGAUAAUGGUUUAUUAGCAUUUAUCAAACACGUCCUGUUGCCAAUUCAAGAAUUGAAAAAUGAUUCAGAUGCUUUUGAAUUUUUCAUCAAUAGACAAGAGAAAUUUGGUGGUCCAAUUACUUACAAAUCUUUCGAGGAUUUGCAGAACGAUUUCAAGGACGAGAAGUUAUCACCACCGGAUCUAAAAAUCGGUGUAGCCGACGCAAUUAAUGUACUACUGGCUCCAAUUAGAGAAGAAUAUAAGACUAGUACAGAAUUUCAAGAAGCUUGCGCUAAAGGCUAUCCAGUUGAAACGAAGGUUAAAAAGGUGAAAAAAGUCAAGAAUAAAGGUUCAAGAUAUCCUGGUGCACAAAGCGAAAGCGGUCCUAUUGAUUCCGUCGAUAAGACCGCUGAAAAGCUGAAUGAUACUAGUCUAUGA